CAGGCCUGUGGUCGCCCUGGUUACGGUCGGUUCCGGUUCCGGUUCGAGCACGUGGGUCUGGCAAUGCGGCCGCUGACGGACGAGGAGACCCGGCUCCUGUUUGAGAAACUCUCCAAAUACAUUGGAGAGAAUAUAAAGUUACUGGUGGAUCGGCCUGAUGGAACCUACUGCUUCCGCUUACACAAUGAUCGUGUUUAUUAUGUAAGUGAGAAAAUCCUGAAGUUGGCAACAAAUAUUUCUCGAGAUAAACUUGUUUCAUUCGGAACCUGCUUUGGAAAAUUCACUAAGACUUUAAAAUUUCGACUUCACAUUACAGCACUUGACUAUCUUGCUCCCUAUGCCAAGUACAAAGUGUGGGUGAAACCAGGAACAGAACAAUCUUUCCUUUAUGGAAACCAUAUACUGAAAUCUGGUUUGGGCCGAAUUACCGAAAAUACAUCCCAGUACCAAGGUGUAGUGGUUUAUUCAAUGGCAGAUGUUCCAUUGGGCUUUGGAGUUGCUGCAAAAUCAACACAGGAUUGCCGGAAAGUAGACCCUAUGGCAAUUGUUGUAUUUCACCAGGCUGAUGUUGGCGAGUAUAUUCGGAAUGAGGACACUCUGACAUAACUCAUCUUGUCAAUCAUAUUAAAAGACUGAUGUUCUCAAACUGAGAACACUAUUAACAUGGAUUGCUCUUUACUAACCAUGUUCCUUUGACAUCUUCACAAGGCAAUGCACAACACCCAAUUGUGGUGGGGAACUUAAGUGAAUUUAUCAAGCUUUUCUGUAACAUUAUCCUUGCAAGGUGAUAUCAUCUGCAAACAUAGCAACUUAUUAGUUCAGAAUUGUAACAGUUGUACACUAGGGCACUUUCUUGUGAAAAUGUUGCUGGUGUUUGAUUCUGUUUCUUUGGUUUUAAAUUAUAUUGAAGUUUCAGGCAAUGGAAUAAUUUAAUAGAUCUGACUUUUGAAAAUCCCCAAAUCCAACUUGUUUAACUGUGAAGAAUGGUUGUCUCCGCAUGAGUUUCAUUCAUGGAUAAUUUGCAUAUUUCACUUGGAGGGUAUUGAAAACCAUUUUGUUAUAUUUAAAUAAUUGUUAUUAAAAAAGAAAACUGCUCACUA